AUGUCCGACGUUACCACCGCCAUCACUACGGCCUGUACGUACAAGGCCCGUGAUAGUGAUAACAUUGCGACCACCUCUGGUUCCGACAUUCGACCCGACGCCGGUCCCCGAAAGCGACGACACUCUUUCUUCAUACCCAGAAGACGAUCCAUUGUCGGUCAUAUCAUGGAUGGCGAAGAGGGUCUUCUUCUCAAAGUCGACCUGUUCCUUUCCGAGCUCGAGCGCCGCCUCGACUUCAUCGAGAACUACGUUGACCUGAGCAAGGACUCGAGCAUAUCGCGCACCUUUUCCACCCUCCAGGCUGUUCGCUCAAGAUGCUCCCAUGCUUCCGAGGAAGUCCUCGGUGCCGGACGGCGCCGUCUACACAUCAUGGUCGACACUCUCGAGACAAGGUACAAGGAGACCCUGGAAGCCGCAGAGUCACUGAACGAAAAGGCUCACAUGGGCGUCGACUUGCUCGAGACGAUGCUUUCCGACUUUGAGACUCGCGCCUACAAGUUGCGCGAGCAAGGUUUCGCAAACGCCGCCAAUGCCGCCGAGGCCUUUAUGGAUGAGGGACGUCGAGUCGCAAACGAGGGUAUUGAGCGCGCCAUCCAAGCCGCUUACUCUCUCGAAGAACAUAUUCAACAGGCUAUCGUCUUGGCCAAGGAAGGGCGCCUUAUUUCUUAUGACGACCUCCCCUCUCCUUGGCGAAACAACCCCCACAUCCACAAGGGCUAUCGCUUCACCGAGUCCAAACUUGAAUGUAUUCGUUCAGUCUUCACCCCAUCCAACGAAUUGUUCAAUAUUUGGUCUCAUGCGCUCGGUCUUGUUUUGGUUCUGGCAAUUGCGCUCUACUUUUAUCCUAAUACUGUCAACUUUACCCUCAGCAGCAAGUCUGAUGUGUUUGUCGCUGGUGUCUUUUUCGUCAUGGCUUGCCUGACACUUGUCUGCUCGACAAUCUGGCACACCAUGAACGCUGUCGCAGAUGUGGACGCUAUUUCAAUUUUCGCCUGCGUCGACUAUACUGGCAUUUCUCUGUUGAUUGCCGCCUCAAUUAUGACGACAGAGUACACUGCCUUUUAUUGCGAUCCUGUCAGCCGUUAUAUCUACAUGGGCUUGACGGCGUUCCUAGGAAUUGGUGGCGUCAUUCUCCCUUGGCAUCCUCGGUUUAAUGGUGCCGAUAUGGCAUGGGUUCGUGUCGCCUUUUACGUUGGCCUUGCCUUGACUGGAUUCCUUCCUAUGGUGCAGCUCGGAUGGACUCACGGCCUCGAUUUUGUUUAUGAUUUCUACUCGCCCAUCUCCAAGUCUAUGCUGGUCUACCUUUCAGGUGCAUUUGUUUACGCUAGCAAAAUCCCUGAAAGAUGGUAUCCUGGUUGCUUUGAUUACAUCGGUGGAAGCCACAACCUGUGGCAUGCUGCUGUUCUCGGAGGCAUUUUGUUCCACUAUUCAGCCAUGCAAGCCUUCUUUGCCAACGCUUUCCACCGAGCUGAGGGUGGCUGCCCGUCGUACUAAGGGUUGAGGCAUCGAAUGGUGUUUGUUAAAGAGCCACGUCUCGGUCGAGUCUUUUCAAGACAUUCGAUGGUAUCGCACAGUUGAUUGGCUCUACCAUGUUUGGUCAGCUUUGGCUCGACUUGUGAGCCCCGUGCUCAAAGUCUUAAAACAUGGUCACCAGAACUGAUUGCAGCGCCGCCCACGUGGCAAUACUUUGGCCGAGUACCCGUUGUGUAUUCUGGUCACCAGCAAGAAACCUUGACAUCUCGCCAGGGGGUGAUGCAUUUCGGGGGAGGAACUUGAACAGCACGUCCAUCUGCUACGUUGCAUAUCCACGUUGACGAGUAUCCAUGAUUGACGAUCAUAACGUGAGUGAUGGUAAAACAAAAUUUGAGCUUCAACUUCCCUUUCCUGGGUGUUGAAGUCUUAUGUUGUCAGACGAAUAAGUAUAAGCAUGUAAGCCGGCGUUGAACUUGAUUAAUAGAGUCUUGAAGCCCAGUCCGCAAGAGACGUGCAAUGGGCAGCAGGCCACGGUUUCGCUUCAAUUCAAUUCGCAUGUAAAUAGAUAAUAGAUAAACCAAGCAGUCGUAUAUUCAUUCAUUAAUUC